CCGCCUCAUCCAAGCAUCAUGUCAACUAUAAGACCGUCCGAUCAUUUUGGUGACAAUCCAGGUGAUCAAGAAGAUUCUGUGGACUUUGAAUUUUUCGAAGAACACCGAGAGUCUAUACCGGGAUCAUUGAAAAAUAAUGACAACAAUAACUCAAAUUUAGUUAAAGCAAACAAUAAAACUUUUGUAGUAGAAGAAAAACAGGAAGGUGAUCUGUAUAAACGGAAUGAAGAUCUUGAAUUAAGCGAUGAAACAUAUCAUAGCACUGAAGAGGAAGAAAAGAACAAGAAGGGGAUAGAAGAUGAAAAUAAUUGGGUUAAAAGUCCAACAUUUCACAAAUCAGUUAACAAUUCUGAUAAAAGUAAUAGAAAUAAAGCUGUAGUGAAGGAUAUUGACAGUGACUCAGUGAAUGAUGAUGACGAAGAAGAACAAUCAAUUUCAUCUGGCGACAUUUCUAAUAUUCCUAGAUAUAAAAACAGAAAUGUAACAUCUAGAAAUUCUCCAAUACGACAAUCACCAAAUAAAAAUAAUGACCGGAAAAAGCAAACCAGACCCUCAUUUCGUAUUGCUUCAAAUUCUGAUAUUUUUAAUAUGAACAAUGAAUGUAUUAAUGUUGCACAAAUUGCAGAUGCUUUGAAAAGUUUUGACAAAAAAAUACAUCGUUUACAUAUUCGUCCACCAUGGAAAGAUCCGAAUUCAAGACCACUUCCAAGUGAUCGAACAACAGCAUUUUAUAACAUGUACGAGGAUUAUUUAAAAUAUCGAAAUCAGCGACCAUUGUCAAGUUUAGGAUAUUCAACAACAAAAUGUUUGAAUGACGAAAUAGCUGUGCGUAGAUUGUACCAUUCAACACUGAAUCGUUUGCGUCAAAAUGAAAAAAUACAGCUGGAAAACUAUGAACUAGCUAAGCGCUUACAAAAAAUUCGACCAACAACUGGUAUGACUAAAGAAGAACAAUUACGAGAUUAUAAAAAGUAUUUUAUUACACCGAACUCAUUGUAUCCUUAUUAUAAAUCUGAAUUUAUUUCUUAUCGAAAAAAUUCUCAUAUAAAUCAAAACCUUAUUAAAAAUAAAAAACAAAUUAAUACUUUAAAACCAAAUGAAUUCACAUCUAAAUCUGUAAAUAAUAAUUCAUCAUACAAUAAAUACCAAACGAGUAAUAAUAAUAAUAAUAAUAAUGAUAAAAAUAAUUUGAAGCGAUCAAACAAAGAUGUGAAAGAAAAAAUAAAACUUGAAAAUUCUUAUAAUUCUGAAUUCAAACAUGAAUCACAUGAUUCACAUUCUUCUACAUUGAAUCAUCAAGUGAAAUAUUCAAAACAAUUCAAUAAACCAAUCAUUGUUAAACAACAACAAUCUUCCAAUAAUCGUCCAUCAUCAUCGUCAACAUCAUCAACAUCUUCAAGUUCAUUUAAUUCAUCAUCUGAAUUAUCAGUGAAAUAAUAAUAAAAAAUAUACUUUUAAAAUGAAUUAAUUUUCAAAUUUUAUUCAAUUUAUUUUGUUUUUGGAAAAAAAUUGUAUUUUUAAAUACGGUGAAUAAGAUUUUAACUUUAAAAGUAAAUAUAAAAUAACAAACAUUUAAACAAAUGAACUAUUGAACAAUUGAAAUAUCUCUUUCUUUUAAAUGUAUUUGGGAUAUCUAUCGAAUGAUAAGCGUGUUAUAGAAAUAAUAUUAAUAUAUUGAAUGAAAAAUAAAUUUUUGUUUAUUUCAACCUUUUUUUUAAUGAUUAAUUUUUCUAAUUGAUUUAUCUUAUAUACAUAGUACAAAAUGAAUCUGUCCCAUGGAAAUGAUAUUGAUUAUUUCUGAGAACUAUAGAUAAUCAAUAAAGAUGGUUGUACGUUUGUUUUCUUUCUUUUAAAUUUACCUCCUAUCAAUUAUUUCAUAGUUUUAUAUUUUUAAUCAAGGAUCAGUAACCGAGUAUUUUGUAAAUCAUAUAUACAUACUGCUUGAAAUUUUUUACAAAUGGGAUUAACUUUGUUUUAGUUGUUUAAAUAUCAUUUUAUUAAAAUAAAUGAUACAAUGUUUUUUUUUCGUUAUUAA